AUUAUAGAGAGAGACAAACCAAAAACAAAACACAUCUCCCUUUCUUUCACAAAGCGAAAGGCAUUUACGAGCGAGAGAGAUCAGAGAAUGGGUAGAGAAACUAGCACCGUGGAGAGCAAGGAAUGGUACAUGGCAGCCUAUGCACCUCAAGGUGUUCCAACCUCUGAUCAUCUAAAACUGCGCACUUUAACUUUAUCAUUAGGCGAUGAUCAUAUCCCAGAUGGCCAUCUCGCCGUUGAGAUCCUCUGGAUCUCUGUCGAUCCUUAUCUGCGAGUCAAAAUGACUGGCCGUAAAGAUGGUUUGGAUAUGCCCCCUUUCCAGCUCGAUCAGGUGAUUAGUUCAGUUGGCAUUGGAAGGGUGAUUAGCUCAAAAGAUAAAAAUUAUAAGGAGGGUGAGAUUGUGCUUAGCUUUGAGUUCCCAGUUGGUGAAUUCUGUAUCAUACCAUCAAAGAUGAUAAUGAGAAAAAUUGAACCAGUAGAAGGGAUAACUCCCCCACACUACCUUAGUUGCAUUGGGAUAGCUGGGUUUGCAGCCUGGGUGGGGAUAGAGGUGAUAGGAGAGCCAAAGGCAGGGUCUAAUGUGUUCAUCUCAGCUGCAGCUGGUGGCGUUGGAAUGGUUGCUGGACAAUUGGCAAAGCUUAAGGGUUGCAGAGUCAUUGGUAGUGCUGGAUCUGAUGAUAAGAUAAAGCUUUUAAAGGAGGAAUUUGGAUAUGAUGAUGCUUUCAACUACAACAAAGAAACAGAUUUUGAUGCAGCUUUGAGCAAGUACUUCCCAGAAGGGAUUGAUUUAUACUUGGAUAACGUCGGUGGUAGCAUGCUAGAGGCAGUCCUCAACCAUGUCAAUAAUCAUGCAAGAAUCCCACUCUGCGGAAUGAUUUCUCAGUAUAAUAAGGAUUGCACUAAGAGAGAUGGCAUAAGAAACCUGUUUAACAUGAUUGGUAAAGAGGUGAGGAUGGAAGGGUUUAUGAUAGGUUCACAUUUGAUGAAUCAUUUCCCAGAUUUUGUUAAUGAGAUGGAAGGUUACUUAAGCCAAGGCAAAAUGCAUUUCAAACACAAGAUCUUCAAUGGGAUUGAUAGGUUUUUGGAGGGCUUUGCCUCCAUGUUCUCUAGCUCUAACAUUGGAAAAGUUAUCAUUCAACUCAAGUAGUUGUAGAUUGAAAUGAA